AUGUCGACGCGCCAAAAAGAGAAAUCUAGCAGCGAUUCCUCGGAAGAAGUGGUGUCAAAUCCUAGAGGAAUCCCAAAAGUUCAAUUUGUUGAAAAUGUUGAAGAAUUUAUGUCUAAACCAUCUUCAACUAUUGAGGCCACGUUGGGUAAAUUUCAAGAAACUGUAGCCAAGUACAAAUUUAUGGAAAUCAAUUAUAUUAACCGGAAGAAAGCUCUUGAAUCAAAAAUACCUGAAAUUAAAAAAACUUUAACAGUCGUGGAAUAUUUGAUAUCAAUGCAGGAUUCAAAUGAAUCGAUAGAAACUACUUUCGAACUGAAUGAUACAUUAUGGGCAGCUGCUAAAAUUAAAUCGACAAAAACAGUCUACUUAUGGCUUGGGGCAAAUGUAAUGCUGGAAUAUGAAUUACAAGAAGCCAAAGAACUUCUUGAAACCAAACUGUCAACAGCUCAGAAUACACUUAAUUACGUGGUAGAAGAUUUAGAAUUUAUGAGAGAACAGAUUACCACAAUGGAA